GUCCAAAGCAGUUUCUGAAUGCGGAGAGUGUCGCCACUUGAUGGCUCGUAAUGUUGUUUACAACUUAGUUAGAUUUUGCUAAGUAAUAACGCUAAACUUAUCAUUAAAGUUAAUUAUUUCAAAAGAGAUAAUUAUAAACAUGUCGAGGAUGGAACUAAAUAUGAUCCAGGCUAAACUGAAAACUGCCAUUCAAAACCAUCAGGUAAGAAAACGAAGGUUUUUUUCAACACCCCAUUCGCCCUCGCGUUAUUGAUUUUUUUUGCCUCACUCACUCGACAUCAUCAAUUGCUAAUGUUUACGCAAAUAACAACUUUUUUUUUCGUAAAAAGUUUAUUUUCGGAAAUGAAAGUUAAGAACUAAUUAAUGUCACCAAAGUUGAUUGAUUUAAUUGGGUUUUCUAAAAAUCUUGCUGCUUGAAAGUUUACAGGCAAAAUAAAUCUCUCUACUCUAUGUAAUACUUAUUACCAUGGUUUCCCUGUCCUAUUUGUGACUUGAGCAAGGCACGACGCAGGACUGAGUUUGUGGUUUUAUUGAUUAUUCCUGUAUCAAACUUGACGAUCUUUAAGGUAUUUAAAUGUGUUUAUCUUAUUUCUUGUAUAAUCUACAGUUGUUGGUGGUAAAGAUGAAAGGGGAUAAUCAGGUAAUGACUAGAGAUAAACUUUUAAUUUUUAAAUGAAGUUGAUUACAAUAAAUCAAUAAUGAAUCCCCAGUUUUCCCAGGUUUCACCCAUUCCAUGAAUGUGUUGCCGCACUGCUAUCAGAAUGUAGUGUGUGCUGACAAACUAUUGAUUUUUGUUAAGAAACUUUUCAUGCAGCCAUUUUCUGUUGUUACAUUUACAUUCUUUACAUCUUUUUUUAAAAUAAAUUAUAUUUUAUAGAAUUAUAGAGAUAAUCUUUUAAUAUUGAUACUAAUGAUACCCCUACUAAAAGAAUGUAAAAAAAUUAUUUCUUGUCUAUUUUUAUUUUAAUGAUUUUUUUUUUCUUAGAAUGUGGCUUUAAAAAAAGGAUUACUUGAAUUGCAAGAAGAAAUUAAAAGACUAAGUGAAGAACAAGUAAGUUAAACUUUGUUGGAAUCUAAAAGAUAAAGUAACUGUCUUGUAGUUCAAAUGAAAUAUAGGCCCUAUAAAUACUAUACAUCUUUUCUUCUUUCUUUUUUAAAAUCUGCUAUGUCCCUUAUUGAAUAUUUUUUCAGAUAAUAAGUCAAAGUGUCACUUGUUUUUUUGCUAUUUUCAGACCUAAAAUUGAAUAUAAAGUAAGAGAUAAAAUAGGCUUUAGAUUUUCAAUAAACAUAAGUUCAAUUUACAUAUAUUGUUUGAGAAAGAUAAAUUUGUUUAUGAACUUACAAUUUUUUUGGCAAUUGUGUUUUGUUAUUUUAAAUCAUCACUUAGAUAGAAUGGUACAUCUGUAUCACUUUUGUCCCUAUCCCAUCAGAUCAUCUGUUUAUGUACCGUAGUUAUGACAUUAAAAAAAAAUAUUAUAAUAUAAAAGUUAUUUAACUUUUUGAUUCAUCAAUUAACUGACCUUCCAAAUUAAAGCUACAUAAACUGCUUGUAAUCUCUAUGUUAAAAAAUACUAUGUCGCCUCCUUUAAAUAUAUAAUUGCCAUUCUCUCUUUGCCACUCAGAAAAAAAUAGUUGUAAAAUUGAGGGAAAGCCUUGUCAAAUCCACAACCCAGUCUCAAUCUCAAACACUGGCAACCUCUUUAGCAACAGUUGGUCCAACUAUCACAGCCAUUGGGCAGCCGCGUUUAGUAAGUUUUCCUACUCAGGGUGGAGCCACCAUUUUACCCGUAGGCAUGGUAGCUGUUCCUAUUGCUCAUAUGCAGGUUAGUCAAUCUUUUUCAAUACUUAUCUUUAUUUUCUUCAUGCAAAUAAAUUAUGUUCUUUAAAAAAAACUAUUUAUUAAUUUAAGCAAAUUGGUACAGGAAAAAUUGUCUGAAGACAAAAGUGGGUCAAACCAGGGUACUUAGAGCUCUUAAAUAGAAAAAAAAAAAAAAAAAAAAAAGGUAAGCAGUAAAAAAAAAAAAAACCAAAAACAAAAAAAAACGUAAGCAGUACAGAACACUCUGCCCUCAAUCAUGAUAAAUGGCAACUUGCAAUGUAAAUGUAUACCUAAACAUUCCAUGAAGUCAGGAUUUCCCCAAAAGUGCAAGUUUGCAUAAGAUAUUGCUGUAUUUUGUUACUGUUAAAAGUCUAUUCACUCACUGUACCAUAACAGUGGUAAAAGUUAAUUUUAAACUAUAUACCUCAGACUGUUAAAAAAACUAGAUCUUUAAGUUUUACAGUUACAUUUAUGCGGGUGCCCAUUUUUGUUUUAGGAAAUAUAUUUAAAAGAUUUUAUUGCAAUGCUGGCUCAAAGUCUGUAAAAACUGGUUAAUAAUCAGCCUGCUGUUUAGCUAUUUUUACAAAUACCAGUUGAAAAAUUCAAAUAGGUAAAGUGAUGGCAUAUAUAAUUCUUUUUUUCAUUCAAGUAUGGAAUACAAUGUGCAAAGCUAUCUUCUAUAGAGGUUAUGGUCAUCUUUAUUCAAAACAAAGCUACUGCUUCUUUUGUCACCAUUAAAAAAAAAUGUACUUUAACUUAAAAAAAAACAACCUUGUAUUAAUACUUGUAAUACAAUUUAAAAUUUUAAACAAAUGUGUAAAACAAGCUCUGCUCCAAGUAACACAUUUUUAACUAAAUGGAGUAUAAAAAAAUAAAGUUAUUUCCGCUUUAAAAGAUUUUAAAAUGACUGGUUAGGAUUUAAAUUUAAGCGAUGUUGACUUAAGUCAAGUAUUUACCAUUUUAUUUUAAGUUUUCUUUUUCUUCUUAAUUUUUGCAUAUCAGUAUUCCAUAAAUUAAUUCCUUCAAAGCAAUCAAGAAAAUAGCAAACCCCACCCCAAACGUGUUUACUGAUUCUUAGUAAUACUUACUAAAAGCAUGUGGUCAGUUCUGUUUGUUUAACAUUAUGUUAUGUUAUAUUUCAGCAUCCAGCAGUUUAAUAUAUGUUAACCCUCUCUAUCCAGCAAAUUCAUAUGUUAACCCUCUAUCUCAGCAUCCAGCAGUUUCAUAUAUGUUUGAUAAGUUUCUUCUCUAUCUCAGCGUCCUGCUGUGGGCAUGUCAAUCCAUCCAGCCAAUGCCGGCCCCUUGUCACAAGCCACAAACAUCUCUCUCAUACCGACCGGCAUGCUCAGUAGCGGCUGCAAUAUUAAUCUGAACACCAUCAACAACAGUGGUGGCAUCAGCAUUGCCAACAAUCUUGGUGGCAUCAUCCACGGUAAUAUAGCCAUCAGCAACAUAAACAGCUAUGGGGGAGCCAUCGCCAGCAUCGGGAGCAACAACUUAAUCACCUCUACCACGACCACCACCCCCAGCACUGGAAUGGCAUUCAAUGAUGGCACCAUUAACCUAGCCAGCAAUAGGCAUGUGAACAACCACACUGUGGUUAGUGCCGGGGGUCUAGUCUCCAACAGCAGUAUUGUGCUCAACAACCUGACCAACAUGGCCAAUCUCUUCGUCACCAGCAAUUUGAACAACAAUGCUCACAUUUUGACCAACAACAAUAUGGUUACCAAUAACUGUGUUCCCACUGGUAACGGCACAGUUUGCAGUCUGCCUGCCGGUGUCAUCACUCCCUGCAGUCAGAACGGCAUUGCUACUUCCUCUGGUCAGCCUGCCAGUGUCCACCCCACUCCAACUACGAGCAGUGUGUCUAGUGCAGGUGUGGUUGUGACCCAGUUUCCACAGCAACCCUUGGUCCAGCCACAGCUGCUCCAACAACAGCAGCAACAGAUUCUACAAAUGAUACAGCAGCAACAGCAGCGCAUGGUUUCACACCUGCCUAUCAAAGUUCCUCAGUACACUGCUUCUCACAUUCGGUCUGUCACCACUGCAGCACCUGUCCAGGUAUGAUACUAAAAUUUUCUACAUCUUUUAUUUUAGUGGUCUUAUGUCUCAGUAAUAAGCAUAGAUAUGUACAUAAGGGUCCAUAUAAAUUUCAUAUUACACGUAAUUAUUCACAUUUCUUAAAGCUUUUAUUUUUAAGUACAGUUGAACCCCCUUAUCUCGUCCUCCGUUAACUCGCCAACCCUGUUAUGUCAACGUUUUUGAAGUAGAACCGCCAAAUUCUCUACUGGAGCAUUUUCUCCUCGGUUAUGUCGAUUCAUUUAUGUUGCCGAACCCUGAUAUCUUGAGCACAAAAGGCGGCGAAAUUUGCCACUUAACUUUGGUUAUCUCAAUCCCCAUGACCAAUCGCCUGGCUUUUGAACUCCACAAGAAGAAAUAGCAAACAACAAGUAUACAAGUUUUUUAUAAUUAAAAAUAAUUAUUUAUUUCUCAAAAUACAGGACUUGUGUUUUAGAAUGAACCUAGAAGUAAUUUAAAUAAAUAUUUUUAAAUUCAAGGUUUAAAAACCCGGUAGAGACCAUAUCUUGAAUGAUCAUAAUUUGCCAUGUGCAAAACGCUGUCAUGGGCAGCCAUUCACAGUCACUUGUAUAAUGGCUAUGCCAUGGUACUACGUCAGAGUUUCAUUCAUAAGAGUUUGCCGUGUGCAAAAGCUAUUAAACCAUUGGUCAGGGAAAGCUUUAAUUAAAUAGUCAUGUGCCAAAGUUGAAAGUUCAAAAUAAGUAGUCUCCAAAUAUUAUUUUAGUGAUAAGGGGAUGUGUUGCCUUAUAUAAACUGUAUUGUCAAUGUGCAAGACAAGAUCAGCAGAAUGGGGUCACACAAUGUGGAAGCUUCGUUCAAACGAACUCGCACUUGAAAAAUUCGUAGCUCAAAAAGUACUCAAGUUAAUAAGUUGAUUCUGGUUUCAUUUUUUUAAUUUGAAAUUUUCUCUAAAUAACUGUAAUAUUAAAAAAAUUAUUAUUAUUAUUUUUUUUACUGAAGUUUAUUAACGCAUAUCAAGUGCAUAAAGAAAUUUCAAGCACAUAUUAAUAUAUUGCCCCCAUAUUGGAUUUCGGUUAUCUUGAUGCUUUCUGGCAAACCCAGAGGCCGUCGACAUAACCGGGUUCUUCUGUAUUGAUAAGUAUUUACAAGAAUUAUUAUUGGCUGAUGCUCGAGUCAAUUACUUUUAUUAUUGUUAAAAGUAAUGUUAUGUACUUAAGUAACAAUUUAUUAAUUAAUAGCUAUUAAUAAUUAGCUGCAAACAUAGCAUGAACAAUUUAAAGGGAUUUAAAUCUGCUCUGUUUGACUGUAUUUCUUUUUCUUUGGUUAGUAUUGCAGUAUAGCACCAGCCCCGACCACAGCUGUCUCAACGCAGGGCACGUUGGUGGUUCCCACUCAGGGCGCCCCAGCGGUACCAACCCAUUGCACCAUGGUCGUUACACCACCUGCAAAUAUUGUAACUCUGAAACCAGUGGGCACGGACGAACCUGUUGUCACAUCCGUCAGUGACUUCAUCCACCCGGUCACUACAGUUGCUAACACGAACUCUGCCAUUGUCAGCCCAAGUGCUGUCUCUGUUACAGUCACCGCCACACCAGUCACUUCCUGUAACCCCCCUGUCAGUGUGUGUAACACCCAUGUUAUAGCCUCUAACACACCCGUCUCUGCCUGUAACGCCCCUGUCAGUUCCACAAAUGUGAAAGAUUCCAUGGGCCAGGUGGCCAUUCAACAUGCAACUCUACAGAAGCCACUGGCUGGUCUCCAACCAAAACAGUCAAAUCAAAAACAACACAAGCAACAAUCAAAAGUCUUACAUGUUAAACAGCUUACAUCAGAUGAUCAAGAAGUGAGUUAUAAUUAAACAAUCCCUAAAAACACAUUUUUUCAUAUAAAUCCUUUAUGUGCAUUUUUAUUAUUUUAUUUUAUAUCAGUAUUCUAAUGCCCCAUUUGUUUUUACACUGUAUAUUUAUUUCACAAAUUAUUUCUGAAAAACAAAAGAAAAUAUUAUGAACCAAGGCACUUGCAAUAGUUUUUUAAAAAGAAUAUCAUUUAGCGCAGUUAUCUGGAAUUUUAUUCUAUGAAUUCAGUGUUAUCAUAUUUCCUUCAUCUCCCUGUAGGAAAACAGGAAAAACUGAUUUCUAUAACCAUCAAUUAACAGUUUUGCUUAAGUGCAGUCUGGUAACUGUUAUUAAAUAUAGGUCACGUGCUGGUACCAAGCAGUAUCAAAUGAGAGUUGGUCUGGCCGUUCUAAAAUUAGAUUUGAAUAGCUGAUACGAUCUUAUAACAUCUGACCUUGUUGUGUGGAGCUGUUGGUAAUGCAUUGUUAGAGUCCAAACUUGGGACCCCAUUUUGCACAUACAUUGUCUUCAAUUAAUUACUAUUUUAGUCAUGGUUUUCUAAUAUUGAAUCAAUGUAUCUAAGACAGUUUUAUAAGAAUCUCCUAUGACUCACUUAUUCCUCUGAAAAAUUUGUUUAAAAGUCGUCUCUUUAGAUCUAGUAUAUACUGUAAUUCAGUGGUUCUCAGCCUUCCAAAUGCAGCAACCCUUUAAUUCAGUUCCUCAUGUGGUGGUGACUCCCAACCAUAAAAUUAUGUUUGUUGCUACUUCAUAAAUAUGUGUUUUAUAAUGGUCUUAGGCGACCCCUGUGUAGGGUUGUUCUACCCUCAAAGGGGUCGCAUCCAGCAGGUUAAGAAUCGCUGCUGCAAUUGACCCAGAUAAUUUUUUGUGAUCUAUAAAAAUUAAACACAUUGGUUUUAUUAACAAGGUUGAUAAGGUUUCCAAAUGAUUUCUUCUAGCAUUAGAAAUUUUAACAAACUAAAUUUUAAAAAAUAGCUAUUUAUUACCUUUUAGCUUGAAGUCUGUGCAAUCUUAAACAUAAUAAAUUGUCAAUAUUCUUUGCAAGAUGAAUGUGAAUCAAUCAUUAUCAAAUGAACCCAAUUUAUUUGUUUUUCACUUAAAUUUCGAAGUCCAUUGAUCAAACUCUCAACUUUUCGUCAAAAGACGCUGCUAGAAAGUCGCUGAUGUUCUUUCUGAUUCUUCGAAAGGAACCUUCUUAUAUUUUGUAUAAUGAGCUGUUGAACAUAAGCAUGUUUUUAUUCAGGUAAUGAGAUUAACAUUUUGGUAAAGAUGUGUAAGAGAUAAUUAGUAAAGAAGACAUUAAAUGCAUUUUUAUUUUGCUUUCAGAAAAAAAAAUUCCUGGAAGUCCUUGAUUUGUAUACAUCCGACGCUUUAAUUGGUGAGAAAUAAUAUAGUCUACAUGAAUAUUUUAGUUCUCAAGGCUGUUAUGAGUAGAACAUGUAAAUUUUUAAAUGGAAUCUAGGUAGGAAUAGCUAAGUUCAAGCCUUUUCCCACACAAACAAUCAGUUUAAAUAACAAUAACAAUGUAUUGAACUUGUGUCUAACUAAUAACCUUUUACUUUAAUUAGUAGCAUUGGCCUUUGUAAAUUGUAAAUACAUGGGCUUCCUUCCCUCACAGAACUCCUGCCAGGUAAGAGAGAGAUGUGAAGGAAGACCUAAUUCCAUAAAAAGUUCCAUAGACACAUUCAUUCAGCCGAUGGUCAGAUGUCACAAAACAUUUACAACAUACCUCUCAAAUACUUGUGUUCACACGUUCCAUUAAAAAAGAAAGAUUUUAAAACACUUCAUUAGCUCAUAAUUUCCUUCAACAGGAUUAGAGAAUUUAGAAUUAACUUCAAAUGUGAUAAACAAAAAAAGACAAGAACAAAAUCAAGACAAAACGAAGACACAAUUAUUUAAAAUCUGAUUUAUGAGAACAAGGUAGUUGGUAGAUGUAGUGUUAAUCUUCUCUAUUUCAAACUGUACUCCUGGAAACUUAAACAUAGCUAAUAUCAAUAAAAUACAAACCUAGAACGUCACACUCCAAUUUGAUUAAAUAAUAAGGAUCAACAAUCUUGGGUCAUGAAAGCUUUAACUAUUUUACUGAAAGAAUGAAACAAAUAAUCCUUUCAAGAUAGGAAAAACCAGCUUAAGAUAAAGGGUCAGGAUAUCAGGUCCUUAAAUGUUAACAAAUCGUCUUUUAAGGGUGAAGUUUUUAUUGGUAAUUUUAAAGAAAAGCCCUUCCUAAGGUUGGCUGUUGUAAUUGGUUCAACUAAAGACAAAAAACACCAGUCACCGACCCGGCUAAAACUGGCCAGCAGAGAGGGAUAUCAGUGCAGAUUUAAAGAUUAUUAGAAUCUAUAAAUUUUCUUUCAGAAUUGCUAAGGAGAAGAAAUGAGAGAAAGCGUAGGACCACGGCCAACCCAAACUACAGUUUUGGUUUUGAAAUAAGUGUAAGUAAAUAAGUAUCAAGAAAUUUUUUGAGAUGCCAUCUUCUUUUUUUCCCAAUUCAAGAAUACUCUUGCUGAACAGUGAGACUAGAACUAUUUUUGAGGCAACUAAGUUGGAAAUAACAAUAUUUAUUAAUAUAGUAUAUCUUGUAUUAUUCAUAUAGUAUAUCUUGUAUUAUUUUAUAAAUAGGAAAUCAAUGACAUUUCUAUUAUUGUUUUUUUGUUAGAAAAUAACCAGAAAUCAAACUGUGAAAUAAAAAUUUCAUACGUAUCGAAAACAUUUGAGACGGCAAGAUUUCAUUUCAAUUAAAAAAACUGAUAUAGAUGAGAUAAAGGGUGGCAUAUACUAGACACAUCCCUCAACCAAACCUGAUAUAGAUGAGAUAAAGGGUGGCAUAUACUAGACACAUCCCUCAAGCAAACCUGAUAUAGAUGAGAUAAAGGGUGGCAUAUACUAGACACAUCCCUCAACCUCCCCCCCCCGAAGUUUGGUCAUUUUAUUUUUUGUCCACACAGUGUAGAGUUGAGCUUAAUUUUCAAGUUCUAUAUUAUCCCUAGUUCUAAAAAUAAUGCAAGGUAUACCUUAAUUAGUAUCGUUACAAAUCAGUUUUUAAAAAAAACUUUUUUUUGUCAUUGCAGCGCAGAGAUGGCAGUGGUAGCAUAUGGGGAAGCAGCGCUGCCAAAAAGUCACGAGGUGUGUUCCUAUUUUCUCUUCUACAAAUUUUUUGUCUUUGGUUCUGCACUGCCAGGUCUGAAAAAAGCCAAUUAGAUUGAAAGUUCAAUUUUAUACGAAAUUAAUAUUCCUUUGAUAUGACGGAAAGCCCCCCCCCCCCCCCCCCCCCCCCCCCCUCCUAAAAACCCCCCCCCCCCCCCCCUCCCUUCCAUAAAUGCCUUAACUUCAUGGACCAUUAUAAAAAUAGUUAUGGUCAUCUACACUUGUGUACAGCAUUAUAAAUAUAGAUACAAAUUCAAAUAUAUAAUUCAAAAGUUUUAUCUUUAGCAAAGUCAUUUUUAACGGCAAAUUCCAUUCUUUUUCCAAUUUCAUGACAAAACAGCUCGAGGCAAAGUUCAUAGUUGGUCUGACUCGACUAGCAUACAACAAGAUGUCAUCAGUAAGAAAAUGGUAAGAUCUAUUGUGUUUGGUUUCAGUUUGAAUUGGAGGCUCCUGUCAUUCAGUUUGAAUUGGAGGCUGAUGUCAUUCAGUUUAAAUUGAAGACUCCUGUCAUUCAGUUUGAAUUGGAGGCUCCUGUCAUUCAGUUUAAAUUGGAGGCUCCAGUCAUUCAGUUUGAAUUGGAGGCUCCUGUCAUUCAGUUUGAAUUGGAGGCUCCUGUCAUUCAGUUUGAAUUGAAGGCUCCUGUCAUUCAGUUUGAAUUGGAGCCUGCUGUCAUUCAGUUUGAAUUGGAGCCUGCUGUCAUUUAUCCCAGGGUUAAUAGCAAGAUAUAUUAAAAAGAAUCGUAUAUUCGUUUUUUAACUCUUUAUUUUUAACAUAGCGCAAUGAGUAAAAAAACAAACAUUUAUCCUCAUGACUUUUCAUCCUGUAGGGUGAAAAAUAUGGUUAUAAACACUGUCAUCUCAAUAACUUUGUCAAAGUUGGAAGAUAUUGAUUUCUCUUUGUUAAUUUAAAUAAAGGAGUCUGUGUUAGUACAGCCAGCAUAACAGAAACAGCACUGGUCCGAGUCAUGAGCGACCUCCUGGGCGCGAUGGAUGAUGGCAAACUCUCUAUUCUCACUCUGUUAGAUCUCUCUGCUGCAUUUGAUACCAUUGACCACCAGAUUCUUCUUGACCGCCUUCAUCUUUCUUUCGGACUUACUGGCUCAGCUUUAAACUGGUUUCAAUCAUAUCUUUCUGACAGAACUCAAAAAGUCUCUAUUUCCAACCGCUCUUCCAAACCUUCAGCCCUGUCUAUUGGAGUUCCUCAAGGAUCGGUCCUUGGGCCGGUCCUUUUCAUCCUCUACACUAAACCUCUAUCAUCUCUCAUUAGCCACCACUCAGUUUCCAGUCAAUCCUUUGCUGAUGACACUCAAAUCAGUGACUCUUGCUUUCCUGAUCAACUUGAUGCCACAAUCCUUCGCAUACAGGAGUGCGUGGACGAUGUAAAGCGUUGGAUGACUUGCAACAAACUGAAGCUAAAUGAUGAUAAAACGGAAAUCCUUCUCAUCCACUCUCAAAACAAACCUCUCCCUCCAUUCGCUCCUUCUUCUAUAUCUAUUGGCAACUCUGACAUCACACUCUCUCCCUCUGCCAGAAACCUUGGAGUCACGCUUACGGACACCCUCUCCAUGGACAAACAUGUCACGAAUAUAUGCAGAUCAGCAUAUAACGAAAUUAGAAAAAUCAGCACCAUUAGACACCUCCUCUCCUUUGAUGCCACAAAAACUCUCGUCUCUUCACUCAUUCUUUCAAAAUUUGACUACUGUAACAUUCUUCUCUCAGGCAUUCCUCAACACCACAUAGAAAAACUUCAGAAGGCACAGAACUCAGCAUGCAGACUCAUUUUUAAAUUAAAGAAACAUGACCACAUUCAACCACACAUGCGGCAACUCCACUGGCUUCCAAUAUCCUCUCGCAUCAAAUACAAGUCUGCCAAUCUUUGCUUCAACUCGUUCACUGACCCUCACUUUCCUGUCUAUCUCUCUGAACUGUUGCUUCCUUACAUCCCCACAAGACAAUUACGUUCUUCCAUUGACAGUAGAACCCUCUCAAUUCCAAGAACCAAAACUAAGAUCAUCGGUGAACGCUCCUUCUACUUCCAUGGGCCCACGUUCUGGAACCAGCUCCCCUUCCAUAUCCGUCAUUGUGAAACCUCGUCCAUUUUCAAAAAGUCCCUUAAAACUCAUCUGUUGAGGUCCGCCUAUGACCUGUGAUGCACCCUCCUUGCCCUGCCUCAUUUUCUGUUUCGGGUUGAUCCUGAAGUAUAGGCCAAAACGUGUUAAAGUGUCCUUGUUUUAUAGCCAUUUUCAUUGUUUCUAUAGUAUAGUAGUUACUAUCCUAGUGUCUCAUUUUUAUUUUACUUAGUUUACAUGUUUUUAAUAAUUGUAAAGCGCUUAGAGCUUUAUGGUAAACGUUAUAUAAAAAUGCCUAAAUAAAUAAAUAAAUUAACUGAUAACAUUAAGUCUAAUUACAUUUAAAUUGUAUAACAUUCCUCAGCUGAGUGCAUUUUUAACAAACUGAAUAUUUCCUGAAAAUUGCACUUUAAACAAGCCAUUUUCAAUUAAGAGUUGCGAUCUAGCCAUUAAUGAAGGACAUAAACAAGCUAGAACAUGUGCACAGUGAAAAGGAGGUUAUGCAUGAAUUUUUCUAUGGUAUAUUGACGCUGUUUAGUGUUCUGUGGAUCAUCAAUAUCUUCACCAUGCCCUUGGGUCCUUGGACAGUUGGGGUGCCACAGAUGACAUGAAAACUCUCCUUCUCCACUCCUCUCUGUUUUCUGUGAAUAUAAAGGUUAAAAUCGGUCAACGCUUCUCUGCACUGUGCGGAUGUAAAGUGUUAAAUUAAUUUUUUUAUCUUAAAAUGUGAACACUUUUUGUUGUGCCAUAAAUGAAUCGUGAUGACGUGCACUUGUGCAUUUGUUAAAUUUUCUUUAGUUAUAAGUCACCAAUGGCUUUACCAAAUAUUAUGCAGCAUGACAACCAUGAAGACUAUUGUGCAGCAUGUGGUAAGGGAGGACAACUCCUGAUGUGUGAGACCUGCCGACUGGUUUAUCACUUAGACUGCUUGAGUCCUCCAUUGACGGAGGCACCAACCUACGCCUGGAGUUGCCCCAAGUGUCUGGUAGGUUCCACCGCCUGGUUUUCUUCAGAUGCAAACUUUUAGAUUUACCAAACCAUAAAACGCUUACAAAGUUCUGUUUAAGUGAAGUGUUACAUGGUAAAAGGAUGAAUUAUUUUAUUUCUUUUGCCACAGGUUUCAGGAAGAGGUUUAUUGCAUCUCAACAGCGAAGCGCUCGCUAAAGUUAAUUCAUACAUCGCUAAAAAAGCAGGUAAACUGUUUAAACUGUUACUUAAACUAUUACAAACAAAUCUGUUUCAUGAUCUUAUUUGAGAAAAAAAUUAUUUGUAAAAUUGAUUUCUCGUGUGUUAAAACCCAUUUUGUACAUAUUUUCCCAUGCUCAGCCAAAGAAGAAGAAAAGAAAAAAUGCGAACGUCAAAACAGAGAACUCAAUGGUGAGAAAAACUUGCUGGAGAAAAGAUCAAAACAGCUGGAUGAGAAAAUGAAAGUGAGUUGCAUUGACUGUCUAAGCGAUUGACAUUUUUGUACUUCACACCUGAAAAAAUACACCUAUAAACUUAUUAUAGUUCAAUAUUUAAAUGGUAUUUCUUUAGUUCUAAAAGUCAUUUAGGGGCCAUCCAUAUAGUACUUGUGUAUUUUAAAAAAAAGAAGAAAAAAGCCACUUUUCUCCCCUUCUCCUCUCUGUUGCAUGCUUACUUUUUUGGGCACCCCCAGGGGUGCAUACAAUGAGCUUUCUACUCCAAUACAAUCAUAUAAUUUUGAUGUCACAGUAAACAAAAUUUGUCUUGGGUUUCACAGCUGAAUAUUUGGCGAACCUAACGGUUCCCAUAAUACACUCUGUGUUGCCCUCCAUGCCACAUUGCCCUCAGGCAGGGCCAUGAAAAUGGGGCGAAGAGGGAGGUCACCCUGGGCGUUUUAGAUAGGACCUUAAUAGUGAAUUAAAGUAUUAGAUAAGACCAUAAUAGUGAAUUAAAGUAUUAGAUAAGACCAUAAUAGUGAAUUAAAGUAUUAGAUAAGACCAUAAUAGUGAAUUAAAGUAUUAGAUAAGACCAUAAUAGUGAAUUAAAGUAUUAGAUAAGACCAUAAUAGUGAAUUAAAGUAUUAGAUAAGACCAUAAUAGUGAAUGAAAGAAUAAAAUGCCAUAUCAUUGACAAAGACAAGGGGAGCUAAAAAUGAUCAUUAUGCUGGGGAGGGGGGAGGGACGUUGUGAAACAUUACACAGUUUUCAGUAUUUUAUUGCCACUUCUAAUACAAUGGGACAUCUUGCAUUCGUGGUGCAAACAGUAACCCACUGGAGCAACUACUGUUUGCAAUGACUAGAUGACGCUCAGUGACCUACAUGUACGCGUUUUUGUAUUUUUUUUAACCCAACCCUUUAUUUUAUUUUGUUUCGCUAUUUCGAAGUGAAAACUAACUGUAAUAGAUGAGAUGGUGGUGUGAGGUAUGGCCCGUACUUACUGUCGCGUACCAAGUAGUAUUGGUGUUGGUUAAUACGGGGCCACUCCUCUCUGUGAUCGUUCGAAGACAACACAAAAACCAAUGACUCAGAACUUCCCCAGUAACAGUUAUAAACAAGAGAAUGUAUCGAUAGAUCUAAGACAGUCUAGUCAUUGAGUCAUUGAGAGAAUGUAUCGAUAGAUCUAAUAGAGUCUAGUCAUUGAGUCAUUAAGAGAAUGUAUCGAUAGAUCUAAUAGAGUCUAUUCAUUGAGUCAUUAAGAGAAUGUAUCGAUAGAUCUAAUAGAGUCUAGUCAUUGAGUCAUUAAGAGAAUGCAUCGAUAGAUCUAAUAGAGUCGUCAUUGAGUCAUUAAGAGAAUGCAUCGAUAGAUCUAAUAGAGUCUAGUCAUUGAAUCUUUAAGAGAAUGCAUCGAUAGAUCUAAUAGUCUCUAGUCAUUGAGUCAUUGAGAGAAUGCAUCGAUAAAUCUAAUAGAGUCUAGUCAUUGAGUCAUUAAGAGAAUGCAUCGAUAGAUCUAAUAGAGUCUAGUCAUUGAGUCAUUGAGACAAUGCAUCGAUAGAUCUAAUAGAGUCUAGUCAUUGAGUCAUUAAGAGAAUGUAUCGAUAGAUCUAAGAUAGUCUAGUCAUUGAGUCAUUAAGAGAAUGCAUCGAUAGAUCUAAUAGAGUCUAGUCAUUGAGAGAAUGCAUCGAUAGAUUUAAUAGAGUCUAGUCAUUGAGUCAUUAAGAGAAUGCAUCGAUAGAUCUAAUAGAGUCUAUUCAUUGAGUCAUUAAGAGAAUGUAUCGAUAGAUCUAAUAGAGUCUAGUCAUUGAGUCAUUAAGAGAAUGCAUCGAUAGAUCUAAUAGAGUCGUCAUUGAGUCAUUAAGAGAAUGCAUCGAUAGAUCUAAUAGAGUCUAGUCAUUGAAUCUUUAAGAGAAUGCAUCGAUAGAUCUAAUAGUCUCUAGUCAUUGAGUCAUUGAGAGAAUGCAUCGAUAAAUCUAAUAGAGUCUAGUCAUUGAGUCAUUAAGAGAAUGCAUCGAUAGAUCUAAUAGAGUCUAGUCAUUGAGUCAUUAAGAGAAUGCAUCGAUAGAUCUAAUAGAGUCUAGUCAUUGAGUCAUUGAGACAAUGCAUCGAUAGAUCUAAUAGAGUCUAGUCAUUGAGUCAUUAAGAGAAUGUAUCGAUAGAUCUAAGAUAGUCUAGUCAUUGAGUCAUUAAGAGAAUGCAUCGAUAGAUCUAAUAGAGUCUAGUCAUUGAGUUAUUAAGAGAAUGUAUCGAUAGAUCUAAGAUAGUCUAGUCAUUGAGUCAUUAAGAGAAUGCAUCGAUAGAUCUAAUAGAGUCUAGUCAUUGAGUCAUUAAGAGAAUGCAUCGAUAGAUCUAAUAGAGUCUAGUGAUUGAGUCAUUAAGAGAAUGCAUCGAUAGAUCUAAUAGAGUCUAGUCAUUGAGUCAUUAAGAGAAUGCAUCGAUAGAUCUAAUAGAGUCUAGUCAUUGAGUCAUUAAGUCAUUGAGUCAUAAAGUCAUUGAGUCAUUGAGUCAUGUUUCUUGUCCAACCUCUUACCAUCCAUUCAUCUCCAACACUUAAAACCUCCCUAAACAUUUCCCACACUUCCCCUAGAAAUUGCACCCCAGCUCAUUCAUCAUUUAAUAAACGUGGUGCCCCAUAUGGGGACGUUCCAAACAUAACACAUAAUAAAUGACAUGAAGAGGCAGUGGAGCGCCGUUGUUAAACCCCACCCUAGUCAUUUGUGACACUUACAUUUGGGAUAGGCGCAGGGAAUCAAAAAAUUUUAGGAACCUCUGGCGUAGCCGAAGACAAUAUGUCCCACGCAUGUUGAAGAUAGGGUGGACUAAAUAUUACUUUAAUACCACUAAUAUUGAGUACGAUCUGAGCGAUAUCUAGCGAGUUCAUUUGUGAAAAUACAAGGCAACAUGAUGAUUCCUACAAAACAUUGCAUGAUAUUUUUACAGCAUUCGAGAUAUAAACAUGUUAUUUUUGGACUAUCAGAAUUUCAGGAUAAUUGAAGAAAUUUUUGAAUAAGUGUAUGUAAUUGCUGCCAAGAAACCCCCUCCCCCCCACUUAUGCAUGCGUACAGAAAAUGUCCAAAAUGGACCACCCCCUCAGUGCAUACUUACUAUAUGGAUAGCCAAGUUACUUAUCAAGUUGAUUAUAUCUUUUUAAAAAAAAAUUAGCCUUUGAACAAGACCUUGCUUUAGUUGUCAUUGAAAUUCUAAGAUUUUUAGAUUUUAUUAAAGUUAGAACAAAACCAAGAUUAUUUUUUAGAAACAUUCUAAACGAAAAGAUGAAUGAUGACCAAUGCCAUCUUUUUUAAUGCAAUAGGAGGAAACUGAACGUCAACUAAAAUUGAUGUCACAAGAAAACAAAAGGAAAGAAGAGUUGAGCAAAUUGUCUGACUUUGUUAGAGUCAUGAGAGAAUCCAGAACUGCGGACCAUUUACCGGUACCAAAAACUAGUUGUGUCUAGAUUGUAUCAAGAAGCUGGCUGUUAGAUCUCCAACUGGUUGUGUCUAGAUUGUACUUGUGGAUGGCUGCUAGAUAUCCAGCUAGCUGUGUCUAGAUUGUACCGGUGUGUGGCUGGCCGUUUCAACAGUUGAGGUACAAUACAGG